AUGGACUCCCUGAAAAGCUACCAUGGCUUCACCGGGGAUCCCCGCACCCUGGACUUAAGUAUCCACAGCACCAUGGACACACUGGUGAUGACUUCGUACUUCUUCUUGGUUCUGUUCUUCGGGAUGUGGAUGGGCAUUUCCAUUUAUUCUUCUAAUACUGGCAGUGGCCACUAUAUGGGCCUGGCUGGAAUCGGUGCAGCUUCAGGAAUUGCUGUUGGGGCCCUUGAGUGGAACACUAUAUUUAUGCUCUUUGUUCUUGGUUGGAUAUUUGUUCCUAUGUAUAGCAAGGCUAAGGUGGUAACAUUGCCAGAAUAUUUGAGGAAGAGGUUUGGCAGCCUCCGGAUCCAGUUCUUCUCAGUCUGCUUCUUUAUCCUCUACAUCUUCAGCAGGAUCUCAAUGGAGAUCAGCUUUGGUGCCAUGUACUUGAAAAUGGUUUGGAACACAGAUAUUUACCAGACAGUGCUGAUUGUGCUGACCAUUACUGGCCUUUAUACCAUCACAGGUGGCCUGGCAGCUGUGGCUUAUGUUGAGGCCUUACAAGCUGGUAUUAUGCUUUUGGGCUCAGCCUUGUUGGUGGCUUAUGCUGUUCAGGAAGUAGGAGGAUAUCAGGGGCUAGUGAAGAAGUACUUCCAAGCCAUCCCAAAUGUGACCCAUCAGGGGAACUGGACUGCCAAGCCACAGUGCUAUAUGCCUCGCCAAGAUGCUUUCCACAUCUUCCGAAGCAGUGUCUCUGGAGACAUCCCCUGGCCUGCACUCAUCUUGGGUGCCACUACUGUUUCUCUGUUUUAUGGGUGUGCUGAUCAGAUUUCUGUCCAGAGGUUCCUGGCAGGAAAGAGCAAGCUUCAUAUGAAAGGUGGCUGCCUCUUGUGUGGAUACCUGAAGCUACUGCCCAUGUUCCUCGUGGUGAUGCCAGGGAUGAUCAGCCGCAUCCUGUUCCCAGAUCAAGUGGCAUGUGUCGUACCUUCAGAAUGUCAGAAGUUCUGUGGCCAACGAACGGGUUGUAGUACCCUAGCUUAUCCAGUGCUGGUGCUAAGAGUGAUGCCUUCUGGCCUAAAAGGCUUUAUGAUGUCCACAGUCUGUGCCUCCAUCAUGUCCUCCCUGACGUCCAUCUUCAACAGUUCCAGUGCCCUGUUCACCCUGAACAUUUACACCAGGAUUCGGCCCACAGCCACUGAAAAGGAGAUCAUGGUAGCUGGAAGGUUUUUUGUUAUAAUCUUACUUGCUGUCACCAUUGUCUGGAUCCCCACUAUGGAAAUAGCAUCCAGUGAGACACUUUUUGAGUACAUGCUGAUUUUUAAGAGCUGCCUGACACCGAGUGUGACUGCCGUCUUUCUGCUGGCUGUAUUUUGCAAGAGAGUCAAUGAGCAGGGUGCCUUCUGGGGGCUGACUUUGGGAACUGCAAUUGGUGUCUUUCGACUGCUGGCUGAGUUUCUCUAUGGACCCUUGACCUGCGAGGGAGGCCACAAGUGCCCCAAAUUCAUCUGUGGCCUUCAUUACCUCUAUUUUGGCUUUCUCCUUUUCUUCAUCACUAUUCUCAUCAUACUGGCCAUCUCCUUAUCCACAAAACCAAUUCAGGAUGAAUAUCUCCAUGGUCUCUGCUGGAGUUUACGUAACAGCCGACAGAGGAGGUUGCCUUUAAACAAAGAGAUGAGGUGGAAGAUCUUCCCCAGCUCCAUAUCCCAGCAAGGUAUGUUUGGGGAGGCCUCGACCUGCUUCUGGAAGCUCUGGGACUUGUUUUGUGGUCUUGACACCCAGUCAGGCUCCGAGAUAGGCCCUGGGAAUAGCAUGGAGGAGAAGAUAAAGGCCAUCUGGGAGCAGAUGGAGUCCAGUGACACGUCAUCAGGCUUAGAGGCUCUGGCCAGGAGAAUGGCGGCCGGAAAGAGAGAGGAACACAAAGAGAGGAUGAAGGACUGGAGUGACGAAUUGGAGAGCCCCUUCUGGAAGAGAGUCGUGAAUGUCAGCGGGAUCCUUCUCUUUGUGCUGCUGAUGGCUGCUCACAUCUUCUACGCUUGA